UAUUGUGUUUAUCCUUAACGUAUUUAAUCCUUACUUAUUCCGUGAAGUUGUCAAAACGGUGAAAUAGAGGCUAUGAGGGUUUGUCUCACUUAGUUAAGUGCGUGUCAUCUUAACUCAAGCGUUACAGCUCACACGACCUUUGUCCUCGUUGCAGUGUUCUCUGCACAUAUUUCUUUCAAUUAGCUAAAGAAAAACCAGCUGGUCAAAGUUUAGAACAGGCAUAUAAAUGAUUUGUCCAAUAAGAGUUGGUCGUAGUUGAGAUGUAACAUUAGUAGUCUGUGACAACAUUUGCCGACGGGGAUUCUUAUCCUACACGUGUUUAAUCCUUGCUUAUCAUGUGAAGUUGUCAAAACAGUUAAAUAGAAGCGAUGAGGGUUUGUCUCACUUAGUUAAGUGCGUGUCAUCUUAACUCAAGCGUUGCAGUUCAUACGACUCUUGUCCUCGUUGCAGUGUUCUCUGCAUAUAUUUUUUUCAAUAAGCUAAAGAAAAACCAGCCGGUCAUUGUUUAAAGACAGGGUCAGUCAUGCUUUUGAGAGCAAGUCUUAGGCAACCUCUUUGUCAUUUUAUCUGGAAGAGAACAAAGAUCACAUCCAGUGUAAAUUACAUUAAAGCUCUGGUGUCUGAAGAUUGUUUAGAAAUAGAAUGGAAUGAUGGACAUAAAUCUAGGUUUCAUAACAGCUGGUUAAGGUUUUCUUGCCAGUGUGAACACUGCAAGCAGUCACACAGUGGCCAGAGGACCAUUGACACCCUUUCCAUUCCAGAACCACUUGAAAUCUCAGAUUUUUCACUUUCCAAAAAUAAGGAAAAUCUUGAAGUGAAAUGGGAGAAUGAAAGAGACCACCAAGGUGUACUCAACUUACAGUGGCUGAGAGAAAAUUGUUACUCUGAAGUGGCCAGAAAAUUAGACAACAAAAGGCGAAUAACUCAACCCCAUAUUGGCGAGCACAGUUUGCCAGAGGUUGAAUAUAGUACCAUUAUGGAAUCCAGGGAAGGUCUUUGGAAAAUGCUGUCUCAGCUAAGUGACCAUGGUGUUUCGUUAGUUAAAAAUGUUCCUCAUGACGAUGAGGAAAAUGUGUUGAAGGUUGGAAGACUAAUUGGACCGAUACAAGAGACCAUUUAUGGAAAAAUGUUUGACGUGGUUUCCACCCCAAAUCCAAUCAAUAUUGCAUAUUCCAGUGUAGGCCUUAGUUACCACAUAGAUCUUGCUUAUUACGAGUCUCCACCUGGACUACAGCUUUUGCACUGCCUCAGGUUUGAUUCUGAUAUCGAAGGUGGGGAAAGUUUAUUUCUAGAUGCCUUUUACGUUGCUGAGGAAUUCAGGAAACAAUUUCCUAAAGAAUUUGAUGAUCUUGUGAGAAUUCCAGGAACAUUUCAGAAGAUACAUUUUGAAAGGGAUUAUCCAGUCAAGUUAGUUUACAAGAGACCGCACAUUGUUCUCAGUCCAGAUAAAGAGAUUGUGGCCGUAACUUGGGCGCCACCUUUUGAGGGUCCCUUGUCAGUUCCGGAGGAAGAUGUUGAGCCGUAUUAUAGAGCUUAUAGAUUAUUUUCAAAGUUGAUGGAAGAAUCUCCUUUACAGAAAUCGGUGAGGUUGCAUCAAGGAGACUUAGUAUGUUUCAACAAUCGGCGUAUUCUUCACGGAAGAAACUCUUUCAAUUUAAAUGGCGGUGUUAGGCACUUUAAGGGUGCCUAUGUCAACAUCGACGAGUUUAGAAAUGCAUUUCAAGUGACAUCAGAGCUGGUCGGAUCUGGAGAGCCCUGCAGGAGAUCUGGAAACCAUUGCUUCCUUUAGGAAAGCACAAGAAUUAAAUAGGCCUUUUGAUUGCUACUUUUAUCUUCAUUUCUGUGACAUUGUAAUUCCGAAAUAUUUGGAAGAAUAGGGAAAUUUUUUACAUGCGGGAGCUGGCUCGCUUGUUUUUUAGAGAUCAUCACAUAUUUAAUAGUUAUAUUAAUGAGAAAGAUGAAAAGGGUGGCUAGGAUAAUGAGUCUUAGUACACCGCAUAGCACUGGUAUGAUAUUGAUGUAAAUUAUUAACUUAUAUGAAUUGUCUUAGUCAUUUUGCACCACUGUGCCAACAAGGGUCACCGUGAUUAAUACACCAUUGGUAAAACUAGAUUUGUUACAAGUUGUUGAGAAUUUAACCAUGUGGAAUUUAAAAUAUAUGGCUCUUUGACCAGCACUGCAGCUGUCAAUACCCAAUCUUAAGCCAUGGGAAUUACAGAUUUAGACGAAUUUCCUUAUCUUCAUCCAGGAAAUAGGGUACAUUUUGUAACGAGAGAUGACUGUGAUGAAGCAUAUGCAGCACAGCGAUCAUACAUCGGGCAUGCGCAAGGGGAUCAAUUAAGUCAGCGGCGUGCCAAUUUCCCGCAUGAGAAACAAUCGUUUUCACGCUAAUUAUGCGAAACGACUAAAAAAGCAUUGACACGUUUAGGUAAAUCUGUAAAAGUAAAUAAAGUAGAGAAAGAGAAAACUCGAGACUUUUCCAACAGAAAGCCUAUUUGAUUACGGGUUUCCAGCUGAAUUACCGUUUAUUUUUAGCUUUACCGAAAAGUUGAAGGUUUUCAGACACUGCAACUCUCUCGUGUGGUUGUUUAUAAGACAACUUGGUUUUAUACCCUGAAAGCACAUUACCUAGCCUCUAAAAUAUCCUCACAUGCUCAGGCAUUUGACCGCUGUGUUAGCUUAUGCAGGGAUAUGUAAUACAUAACAAAUUGAAGCCUCCAAGAUAAGUGAUUGUUUAAUGCGUCAAGUGAAGAAACUUAAAGGAUAUUUAUCAAAGAACAAACUGAAAUUGUUUGUUACCUGCGAUUUUUCAGGGUAUAAAUGCAAGGCUGGAGUAAUAUACCGAUGUUUUUUUUUUUGGUU